GAAUCUUUUUCGCUUUUGCGGGGUGAAUGAAUAUAUCAAGCACAUCGUUACCAUCGAUCGAUGGAUCCAUGGAACGCCGACCUCGUUUAUGCAUUUGUUAAUAUAUGUGGCUGGGAGAGGGUAUCCACCUGAUUUAUAGGUCGACACUACGUACAUACCGAGCUCGAUCUUCCGUUUUACUUGAGCCAACGUACAUACCCAAGAUCGCGCGAUUAGUUGAUACCUUCGCCGCCGCCGCCGGCAGGCCGUAAUGGAGGAUGGGGAGGCGGCUGCUGUGCGGAUGAUGCACCACCGGCUGGUGGCGACGGGCAAAUCGCAUGAGCCGCUCUCCUCCUUCAGCCAUCACUUUGAUCGGCUGCCGCGGAGCUACUUGCACACCCGCUGUGUGGGGUCGCCGGAAGACGUGCUGCUCGACCAGAAGCUCCUCGCCGACACCGAAGCAAAGAAGCGCCUCGUCGCCCACGCCCGCCUCAUGCACCGUGUUCAGGUCCACUACGACGAUGACGGCGGCGGCUAUCCACGAGGGGCUCAGCCACCGCUGCCGGAGUUGAGAUCAAGUAGAAGUACAAUGCAAGAUGAAAACUUUACCCAUGAGAUCACUUUUGCUUCCCGCGACAAACCCAAGCUUCUUAGCCAGUUAUCUGCAUUGAUGUAUGGAGUUGGAUUUCAUGUUCAUGAAGCUCACAUCUUCACCACAACCGAUGGAUUUUGUUUGAGCAUUUUUAAUGUUGAUGGUUGGCCUCAAGAGGAUGUCAAAGGUUUGCUCGAGGCAAUAAAGGAUGAAAUGAUACGUGAAAAUAUCUAUAUAUAAUAAUUCUUCCAGAUUGAAGAAUGCAUAUGUUGAACAUGGAGAUAAAUUGGAUAUCCUAUUAGCCCCAUGGAGAUUUAUAAGUGUGUAUGGUGAUGUCAAUGUGUGUGUGUGAGAGAGAGAGAGAGAGUGGUGUGAGUGCAUUAUGUACCUACUAGCAUCUAUUGAAUAAUUAUAGUAGUAUCUGUAAAGUACCAAUUAUAGUCUCAUAGGAGUCAAAUCUAUUUUAAGUUGUUCAUAGUGAUU